UGCCCAUGGUUGUAAAGUUACUCAUGGCAACACAAUAAUAUGCAGAGCACGGGGAAGGACUUCAAGUUCUCCACUGCGACGUUGCCAAAAAUAUGAACCCCACCAUGACUACUUCACGGAUGAAUUCAAUACUCGGAAUGGGGGCCAGCGCAUGGCUGCUGUACUUAUGUAUCUCUCGCAUGUUGAAGAAGGCGGAGAGACGGUGUUUCCUUCGGCAAAGGGGAACGUUAGUGCUGUGCGUUGGUGGAAUGAAUUAUCUGAAUGUGGAAAAGGAGGACUUUCUGUAAAACCAAAGAUGGGUGAUGCAUUACUUUUCUGGAGCAUGAUACUUGAUGCCACUCUGGAUCCUUCAAGUCUGCAUGGAGGCUGCCCCGUGAUUCGAGGAAAUAAGUGGUCGUCUACAAAAUGGAUGCGUGUCCAAGAAUACAAGAUUUGAACAAUAAUUAUUCAUCAUGAAGUCGGCAGGGUUUACUUAGAUUACUUACUAUCCUGGAUGAUGCUUUGGAAAGUUAAACCGAGAGCUCCACCACCCUUGUGUUCCAAGGGUGGAGCGCAACCUGUUCCUUUCCUCCCUCCUUUUUUCAUGUAGUGGUAGUAGUG